CCUCAGAAAAUCACCACAAUCUUCCCACAAGCAGAACGAAAACCUCAUAUCUGAGGCCACCCCUUCCCCUUUACAAGGUGCUUUGCUUUGACAAGCAUCUUGAAUACAGGUCAAGAUGCCUACUAAGAGCAUCAAAGCCUUGUCCGUCGUGCUCGUUAGCACUGGCGUGGCCAACGGCUUUGCAAUCAACUAUCGAGCGGUGACCUCUACUUCUGAGUCAAUUGGCGCUCCGAAUCCCACCGUCUCCAGCGCUGCUGUCGAUGGAGUCUGUCCACAGCUCGAUUCGACUGUGACAAACACCACCGCCGGGGAGAAACAGUAUCUCAUCAGAUGCGGCAUCGACUACUUCGGUGGCGACAUCGGCGCCCCUCGCUAUGCGGACAACUUCAAUGCCUGCAUUGAGCUCUGCGACGAGACGCCAACUUGUCAGGCCGUCGCUUUCCGUGGCGAAGAUCCUGCUCCUGCUCCUUGCUAUCUCAAGUCUGAGGUCUUGGAUCCUCAGCCGCUUGCGUCAAUCUGGGGUGCAGUAAGGGUCCCAGUGGCAUCUGCUGCUCCUGCGGUAUCCGCUGCACCUCUUGUAUCUGCUGCACCUAAUGUAACUACGGCACCCGCUCUUAAUACGAGCGUGCCCUUCGCCUUCUUCACCAACACAACCACUCUUCCAGUAGUGGCCGAGUCUACUGCUGUGGCGUUCAACGUGGUCAAUGGCACAAAUUCCACCCUAAUCGUCCCACAGGCCAUUGUUAACAUUGAAAUCCCUACUGUCACGGUCACCAUUCACACCACAGCUGAUCAAACCCCAAUUCCAACUUCAACAACAACUCCAACUCCAUCUUCAACACUAAUAUCAACACCAACACCAACGCUCACAGCCAUUGCUGAGGAUGAAGUUGAAAUUGCAACGACGACUUCUUCAAGCGGCGGCGGCCCGAUCAUUGAGGUGCAGUUUUCCGACUCGACUGUGGUCAUCCAUCCCCAAACUGCGACCGAGUUGCCAUCAGGAGUGACACUCCCGGGACAUAUAGUCGCCAGGCCAGGCUUCUUUGGACUACGCAAUGCCUCCGCUUCUGAAUCGGCUAAAGUUGAGAUCAUCUCAAUUACCGGUGCGGACGGUACUGUGGCGCCAGCGACACUCACUCCCAUCGCAGAAGCAGUGGCAGCCUCACCGGUGACAGAACCAGAGUUCGGCCCGCCAGUGACAAGGACAAUAACAGUCAGGCCGUCAGCAGUGACAGCAGUGACAGCAGAAGAAGCAGUGACAGCAGAAGAAGCAGUGACAGCAGCAGAAGCAACGUUGGACUCAGCGCCCCCACGUCACACUGUGUUUUUGCAUGAUCCUCUCACAGCCAUCGAUCCCGAUGACACCGGCGCAACAGUGGUAAUCACACGAUACAUACAAACAGCAACCCCAACCGAAGAUCUGUUAUGGCAAGAUGCAACUUCGACCCCAUCGCGUGCCGAGGGCUACUGGACUGUAGAACAAGGACCAACCGCCAUCCCUACGGAGACAGGGCCCCUCGUGCCCGUUAUAAAGCCAGUGUUUAACCACAACUCGCUGAAAUGGGAUGAAGACGCCGAAGUCACAUUUGAUGAUGACACCGUGACGAUCCCCGUCAAGCCGGGCCAAGAAUAUUACAUUCUCCCGCAGGAUAUUGGCGACAGAAAAAUCCUCUUCGCGGGACCAGAGGGCACGGAGCCGGUUCCCAUGUAUGAUGAUGCCGUCGAAGAGACCCGUCAGAGGUUGAGCAUCGCGGUGAAUCCUCCCCCUAAGAAUGCAACCGAAGAAGCAGACCGUCGCUCUCUUGCAGAACGUGACGACCCAAUGCUGUCUGAUUACUGGGCAUACUAUAUACGCAAGGGGGACGGCGAAGUCCCAGACGAGCGACGCAACUCCCUCGGUGAAGAUGGCGAGUACCAGGGAAAGCCCACCGCAACGCAUCCACCAGCUCUGCCGAGUUCCCACAAAGUGAACGAUUGGGCCUCUAAUCCAGAGGACUCGGCCGUCCAUGAACAAGGAGAGAAGAUCAAGACGAGCCCUGAUGGCUCUUGCGGUGGUUACAAGGGAUACAGCUGCAUUGGAUUCGCUGCUGGUUCAUGUUGCUCCCAAGCCGGAUGGUGUGGAAAAUCCAUUGAUCAUUGCGGUGCAGGGUGCAAUUCUCAGUACGGUUAUUGCGAGUCGUUCUCCGUCUCGUCAAAGCCUGCUGCUUCGAUCCCGCAUAAGCCAUCUGCUUCCAGUUCCUCCCACGCAAAGGCAACAUCGUCAAAGCAUAUUCCAGGAACCCUGAUCCCGUGGUCGUCGACAUCUACCAAGUCAGAGCAUUUGCCUACUCCCUGGGAGUAUUCUGAGGAAUCUAGUUAUGCUCCCUCUAAGACGGUUGGACAAAGCUCUCAUCAUGGUGCCCCUACAAAGGCCCCCCAUGUCACACCGGCCCCUGAGGUAGAAGAGUCCAAUGAGUUUGAAAGCUUGAUCCACUCUUUGUACAAGACAGUAUCUUCGUCCACAUGGUCAGAGGACGUCCCGGAAGCCACUCCAGGGCCUGCUGAGUACGGGUAUGGUCCUGAAGAGGGUGAUUUCGAGGAAGUCGAGUACGCAGCUGAGGAGGAAUCGUGGGAGUCUUACGGUGAGGGGUAUAAUCAUGCCUCCGAGCUCCCCAAGCCAUCUUCCAGUGCUCCAUCUUGGAGUAAGACGACGGAAGUUGUACCCACCCCUACUACCCCUGCGGUCGAGUAUUACCCAGAAUAUGAGGCCGAAACUUCAUGGAGCGAGUCAAGCACGACGUAUACUGCGCCGGCCUCUACCACGCCUGCGUUCGAACACCAUUACCCGGAGUAUGAAGCAGAGACUUCUUCGAGCAAGGCGAGCCAGUCAAGCACGUCGUGUACGUCAAGCGAGGCGGGACCGACAUCUACCACUCCUGCCGCAGAAUACUACCCAGGAUAUGGAGCUGAAACUUCAUCAAGCAAGACAAGUAAGACGAAAGAAGUUGCGCCGACUACUACACCACCAGUCGAAUACGACACGGUGUAUAGCACAACGUAUAGCACAACAGUCGUCACGGAAUACGUAGAUGAAAUCUCGUCGACAGUCGCCCCAACAGCCAAGCCGACUCCAGAAUAUGAUGAAAACUUUUGGGGUGCUUGGGUCGAGGAUGCCACGGGAAAGCACAAGCCAAUUCACUACCAGAAGAGAGCGGCCCCAUCAGGCUUCUUGUCGAUUACAAAACCUUCGACAAAGUCCGUAGCGAGCGCAACCAGCAAGAUCGCCACCCCUACCCCCACCCCAACUGCUUGCGGAGAGAUUGAUGCCAAAACCUUCUUCCGCAUCCUUCCGCAUGGUGACGAAAAGGACUACCUCCUUUGCACCAACCCUUGCUCUGGACACGUCCCAGAGUACCGUAAUGCGAGUGAAGGUAUCCCAGAGCCCGUUUUGGAGAAGUUCAACAACGGAAGCAUCAACUACUAUCGCGUCGAGGGCGAUGAUGUUUACUAUGUUAAGCUCGCCAACGAGACUGUCAUCACGCCAGUUCUCUUCAAGAGCGGAGAGUUCAUCGACAAACUGGCUGGCUCCAACGACACCACAGUUAAGAAGAUCAAGAUCAAGCAGAACAAGUUCCUCGACCUGAUCCAGUACUCCGCCAAGCGCAUCUACCUUGGAGAUGUGGAGUACGAAAUCAUCAUACCGGCGUCUGUCGAUGACAUUGAGUCUCAAGACACUUCGGGCUGGAAGCAGGUUCUGAACGCAUUGAAACAUCUUGGUGCCAACGCUACAACUCCAACGAGCACCAAGGCACCUACACACGGCAAAUCUAAACGCGAACAUUUCGGGGACGUUCUGCGGGACUCUUUUGAGAAGCUUCUCAGGGACAUCGGUUUGGAUCCCACCGAUCCAGACAACCCUGAAGCCAGCUACCUCCCAAACGCAUAUCUAGCGGAAGACCCGGGAAAGCGAUCUGUCGUCCCCCGUAAUGAGGAUGAUAAUUCCCAUAGUAGUUCGGAGGACGAGAUCCCUCUCUCUGAAUUUCCCUUCCAGAUCGUGAUUGACGAACCACCAAGUGCAUAUCUCGCCCCGCGUCAUGAAGAAAGUAGUUCGGACGAGGAGAGAGUCAUCGACCGGUUGGAACCCAGCUGGUACAUCAGAUUGGAAGCGCCAGAAAUCACAAAGAGGUCUAUCGCCCGCCGUGAUAGUGUUGAUAGUAUUAGCAGUUCAGAUGACGAAACCGUCCCGAACCCUGAUCUCGCAGUGGUAUUGGAACCCGUACUGGAAGAACCACUUAUAAAGAGAGCCGUACCGGAACCAUAUUGGCCAUCUAUCCUCGGGCCUGAUGAUAGUUUGAGUAGUACGGAUGAGGAUAUCAUCGCGGCUCCCGAUUUCUACAUCGCAAUGGAAGCACCAGUAAAGAGAUCUGGGGUCCGGAGUGAUGACAGUCUCGAUUUGGGGGAUGAGGAAACCUUCUCGACAACCAGUGACUGGAUGGCAUUGGAAAAUUUACCACCAACAAAGAGAUCUUUCUUCAAGCGGGAGACUAGCACUUCCAGUAGUUCCGACGAGAAAGAGCCCGAGCCGGAAAUCAUUAUCUUGACAGACUCAGGAAAGAGAUCUGUCUCCGAAAGAUCUGCCUCCAGGAGGUCCGCCUCCAGGACAUCUGCCUCCCAGCGAUCUCUCUUAAAGCACCAAUGGGUUCAAACCGAUACUGACACUGAUAGUAGUUCGUUCGACUUAGCCGUGUACCCCCCGUCCUUCAGUGUGGUGCCAGACCCAGGAAGAAAGAGGUCUCGCAUCCCCGAGCUCGGGGGGAUUGAGGAUCCUGAACAUACGUACCCAUUGCCCACUUGGCCACUAGACGAGUCACUUCAGAGAAGGGAUGUUGAAAAGCCAGCCGAAAAGCCAGUCGAAAAUCCAUCCGAAAAGCCCGUCGAAAAGCAACUCGAAAAGCGCAUGCACGGUUACGAUCUGAUCAAAUACGCCGCCAAGCAAUGGCUCCAAGGCAUGGGUUUUGCCUUCUUGGGCGAUGAGGAGCCUCCGUGGCACCAAAAAUAUCACUUGGUAGAUCCCGACGUAGAUGAAGGGAUGGUAUCCCUCGUCGCCCGGGAAAACCUCGUAGAACGGGAAGCGGGUGACAAUCAAUUCCUGCAGGGUUUGGACGAUACUUUAGAUUGGCUCAUGAUACCUUGGAGUAUCCUAGGGAAGAGAUCUCUCGCCCGUCGAGACGAUAAAACAGGUAUCAUGGACGUAUGGGAUACAAUCGUCAAUUUCACGAGUGAUUUCGUGGAGGAUUAUAAUGUUUACACGAAGAGGGGCGACAAACUCAGCCCGAGAAAUUGGCACGAUUUCCAACUAUUUUUGGGGGAAUUUUUCUCGAGAUCUGCGGCACCAGAGAAAGAGGAUCUCAGUAAGAAGCCCAGCAAGGCUCCCAGCAAGAUUCACAGCAGGGAUCUCGGCAAGCGAGAAGAAGGGAUAUCCAAAAGAUCCUAGAAGUGUGGGAGUCUGCAGGUAGUCUAGUCCGAGGAGGAGUCAUCUUCUCUAACGCUCGUUUCGAAGUCUUGGACGGCAUCAAUCCACUCAUCGUCACCAAGACGACGCAUCCACGCUCGCGCGCGACGUCCGUUGGGAGUUGGACAAAUUUCAAACUCCCGGUCUGGGGUCCCAAGCAUCCAUCGGAGGAUCAGAUAAGGUACUAGAAUCUGCUUGGUUGCAGAUAAAAAUUGUCAAUGUAGCCUGUAGCCGAUAGAUCUUUAGUGUCACACAUGUUUCCG